CCGAAGCAGAACUAAAACCCUAUUCUCAAUAACAAUUCACUCUUUUCUUACACUCUUUCAUAGCUCUUACCCUAAAAUCGUUCUCUGCAUUAACAACCGAAGACGCAAAAAUGGCCGCAACAGCAUUGGUAGGAAGCGCUUUUCUCUCCGCAACAGUUGAAGAUUUACUACUGAGGCUCUCUUCAUCAGAGUUCAUCGAUUACAUCACAAGCAGCAAGUUGAAUCUCCUCAAACUCACAGUAUUCGAAACAUCGCUUCUCACUCUCAAUUCAGUUCUUCCCGAUGCAGAGCGGAAGCAGUUCUUCAAUCCCGCAGUCAAACAAUGGAUGGAUGAUUUGUACGACGCGAUCUCAGAUGCAGAUGAUUUGAUUGAUGAAAUCGGUUACGAUUUGAUGCGAUGCAAGGUAGAGAACGCUCAACCUAAACACGAUUUUACAUUUGAUUAUAGAUUGAAAUUUAUGAAUCUAAGGCUACAACGUUUUGUUCAAAGGAUAGAUUCCAUUGGUUUACAGUCUGUGAAUGGUAGGGUUUCUUGUAGAAUGCGUUCGAGUUUGGGGUCAAGUUCAGUGUUAAAUGAAUCUUUCAUAGUUGGUAGGGAGGAUGAUAAAAAGAAAUUGAUGAAUAUGUUGUUGUCGGAUACUGGUACAAAUCUAGACGUGGUUGCUGUUUUGGGUGUUGGAGGGGUUGGUAAAACUACACUUGCUGAACUAGUUUACAAUGAUAAAAAAGUUAAUGAGCAUUUUGAUUUGAAAAUGUGGAUUCGUGUGUCGGAAGAUUUUGACAUUGCGAGAAUAAUAAGAACUCUACUUGCAUCUGUAUGUUCAUUAAUGUACGACGAGAACGACAGUCUUGAUUAUCUUCGAUUUGAGUUAAAGCAGAAGUUGAAUUGUAGAAGAUUUUUAUUUGUUUUGGAUGACCUAUGGAAUGUUGGCUAUAAUGAUUGGCAUGAGUUGGUAGCUCCUUUGGUUAAUGGAAAAUUGGGAAGCAGGGUGAUCAUCACGACGCGUCAAGAAAAAGUUGCAAAGGUUGUGCAUACAUUUCCAAUUCAUAAAUUAGAACCUUUGUCAGACGAAGACUGUUGGUCUUUACUUUCCAAGCAUGCAUUUGGAAGUAAAGUUUAUGGUGGCAGUGAAUACCCAGAUCUUGAAGCAAUUGGUAGGAAAGUUGCAAGAAAGUGUCUAGGAUUGCCACUAGCUGCCAAAACACUUGGUGGACAUUUUUCUUCAACUGUAGAUUUAAAGGACUGGAUUUCAAUUUUGAUUAGCAACAUAUGGAAGAUACCAGAUAAUAAUAUUCUUCCAUCUUUGCUUUUGAGUUAUCAAUGUCUUCCCUCUCAUUUGAAAAGAUGUUUUGCCUAUUGCUCAGUUUUUCCGAAGGGUUAUUCCUUUAAUAGGAAGCAGAUGAUUUUGUUGUGGAUGGCAGAAGGCUUCCUUGAACAUUGUCAGGAUGAAAAAGCACCAGAAGAAGUAGGUGAUGACUACUUUGUUGAAUUGUUAUCGAGAUCCUUCAUUCAACAGUUGAAAGAUGACAGUGAGAGAGAAAAGUUUGUUCUGCAUGACCUUCUUUAUGAUUUAGCCGAGAUUGUAUCUGGGAAAAGUUGUUGCAAGCUCGAAUGCAGUGGCAUCAUGUCAAAAAAGGUUCAACAUUUGUCAUAUAUUCAACACGAGUAUGACACUUUCAAGAAGUUUGAGAUUUUCCACGAUUUUGAAAGCUUGCGAAGCUUCUUGCCUAUUUGCAUUCGCCGGGGUUUGAAUUACUUAUCGAGAAAGGUGGUGGAUGAUUUGCUGCCGACACUCAGAAAUUUGCGCGUGCUAUCGUUAUCACAUCACAGAAACUUCACCAUGUUACCAGGUUCUAUUUAUAAUUUGUUGCAUUUGCGGUAUCUCGACCUCUCUCACACUGAUAUCAAAAGCCUGCCUGAAUCAAUAUGUCACCUGUACUAUUUGCAAACCUUAAAGUUAUCAAUGUGCUUAUAUCUCACUGAAUUGCCGGUAGACAUCGGAAAGCUAAUUAAUUUACGCCACCUUGAUAUCAGUAACUCUCGCAUUAAAAAGAUGCCAAUGCAAAUUGUUCGAUUGGAAAAUCUUCAGACUCUAUCUGUUUUCAGAGUGGGCAAGCAAGAAGUUGGGUUAAGUGUGAGAGAACUUGGGAAGUUUCCUAACAUUCAGGGAAAACUUUACAUUGGAAAUCUGUGUAAUGUCAUCAAUGUCAGUGAAGCAUGUGAUGCCAACUUGAAGAAUAAAGAACUCAUUGAUGAGUUAGAGUUAUGUUGGAAACAAGAAGAAGAACAGUUAGAGUUAUUUUGGGAAGAAGAAGAAGAAGAACGACCACAUGAUUCACAAACACAAACAGUUGUGCUUGAUGGGUUGCAACCAUCAAUAAACUUGAAGAAAUUGAUCAUUGGCAGUUAUCGCGGGACAAGUUUUCCAAGUUGGUUGGGAGAUUCUUCAUUUUCUAACAUGGUGUACUUGCGCAUAUGUUAUUGUGAAUAUUGUGUCACACUUCCAUCAUUAGGGAAACUACCUUCUCUCAUAGAUCUAAGUAUAGAUGGUAUGUCGAUAUUGGAGACAAUUGGUCCAGAGUUCUAUGGCAUGUCAGGUGGAGGUUUUAAUUCUUCGUUCCAACCAUUUCCAUCCCUUGAGCAUCUAAAAUUUUCCUACAUGUCUAAUUGGAAGGAAUGGCAUUCCUUCGGAGGCAGUAAGUUUCCGUUUCCUCGUCUUAAAACUCUGAAGUUAGAUAAUUGUCCUAAACUGGAGGGACAUUUGCCUAGUCAUCUUCCUUCCAUAGAGAAAGUUCAAAUUCAUUGCUGUAAUCAGUUGUUGGCUACACUAUCUACUUUGCAAUGGCUUUCCUCGGUAAAAUCUUUAGAUGUGGUAAAAUCUAUAGACAUUCAAUGUUCAGACUCCAUCGAAUGGUCGUUGUCUGAAAGUAAUUCUGCAUGUCUUCUGCAGCGGCUAAUAAUAUGGAACUUCAGGAUGAUGUUGUCUCUACCUAAAUCGUUUAUGAGCCCUACUUGUCUUCAACACUUAGAACUCCAUUCAAUUCCAUCUCUCUUGUCAUUUCCGGAUGAUGGUCUACCCACUUCUCUACAAUCACUAGAACUCCAUUCACUUCCAUCUCUCUUGUCAUUUCCGGAUGAUGGUCUACCCACUUCUCUACAAUCACUACGAAUUUCUGACUGUGAAAAUUUAGCAUUCUUGCCUCCUGAAACAUGGAGCAAGUACACAUCACUUGUGUCUUUGGUGUUAACGCAUUCAUGUGAUGCACUUACCUCCUUCCCACUGAAUGGUUUCCCUAUGCUCCAAAGGCUUGAUAUUGCAAACUGUGGAAAUCUGCAAUCCCUUUCUAUUUCAGAAAUUUAUUCCCAUACCUGUUGGCCGUCAUCCCUCCAGUCACUUGAUAUUUUCAACUGUAAUGCACUUAUAUCACUUCCUCAACGGAUGGACACCCUCAUUGCUCUUGAAAGCUUGCAUCUCACAUUACAAUCAUUGCCAUGCUACGAAGGAGCUAGCCUCCCUCCCAACUUACGAUCAAUUUACAUUGAAAUUGAAUCCUUGAGAACAAAAACGUUUGCAACCGGAUGGGGUCUCCAAAACCUUAGUGCUCUGUCUGUUUUGGAUAUCAGAGGUGAUGGUAUUGUUAACACCUUGUUGAAGGAGCAGUUGCUGCCGGUUUCUCUCGUGUCUCUGUCAAUAAAUUUUCUCUCUAAAAGGAAAUCCUUACCAGGAAAUGGACUUCGACACCUCUCCUCCCUUGAAAAGCUUAGAUUUCAUAGUUGUUCAAAGCUUGGCUCAUUGCCAGAAAACAUGUUUCCUUCCUAUCUGAAAUCACUUGAUUUUUCAAAUUGCCCAAAACUUAAGUCCUUGCCGGACAGGUUACCUUCCUCUUUGGAAACACUGAAGCUGGGGGAUUGUCAAAGACUUGGGUCAUUGCCGAAAGACGGUCUCCCUUCUUCUCUUAAGCGACUGAGCAUUAGUGAGUGUCGUCUGUUAAAAGCAAAGUAUAAAAAUCAGAAGGGGGAACAUUGGUCCAGCAUUGCUCACAUCCCUGUCAUAGAAAUAGAUGAUGAAUUGACAAUAUGAGCCAUGGGAAGGGAAGGAAGAAUUGCAGUCACAUUUCAGACGACAGUUAAGGCCUAAGAAAGUUUAUUUUAAGGAUGCUUUCCAGGAGAAGAUUCUUGAAUUUUUAUGAUUGCAGACGACAGUUAAGGCCUAAGAAAGUUUAUUUUAAGGAUGCUUUCCAGGAGAAGAUGGAUCAGUUUGACCAAAUGAUCCAAUUAAUCCAACAAAGGUGGUUGAAAAUGUGGCAAGCCACAAAACUAGUGCAUGAAUCUGACAGCAGCAAAGUUCAAGGAAUUGUUUUGAUAUUACUAUGUUGUUAUUGAUAUGAAAUAUGAUAUUUUUAAUUAUAAUGAUCGUCAACAUUAUUAGACCUUUUUCCUGUUUUUAUUGACAAGCAAGGACUGUUUUUCAACAGAAAUAAUGAUCUAUUAAAAGGAAAAUGCUAAUGGUUAAGAAAACAUAAAAAAAAAAAUGCAAGAAUAAAUCUCAACCAUUCAUUAUCACCACCACCUCAUGAUUCCUAUUAAAAAAAGAAAUUAAAUUAAAAAUAAAUUAAAAAUUUCCCUAUAAUAUAGUGACAUGUGUUCAUUCUUGCGUUUCUUCUCCAAUUUCCUUCGUAUUAAAUAGCAUUACUCCUAUUAAAAUUAGAGUGAAAUUUAUUUGGGUUUG